UCCCCUUCCUUCCCCCUGCAGUCCUUUCCCCAUGCCAUCGGCCAACUCGGAGCCACUCCGGAGCGCAGUGUGAAACGCCGCCCCGCGGACGAGGGCAACGUGGGAAGGAUGCCCGAGACCGGACAGGACGCCUCCGGCAGCCAAGCGCAGCCCCCGCCGCCGCAGGCCUCCGCAGCAGCAGCCCCCUCCGUCGUCGCAACCCAAGGAGUCGUCCCGUUCUCCAUCAAGAACUUGCUCAAUGGGGAUCACCCCACGUCUCCUAAGCAGCCCCGGGCGCUCUUCCCUCCGGCUGCCAAAGGGGCUGGGGGGGCCGGCUUCGCCCUGUCGCAGAUGGGCGACCUCGCCUUCCCGAGAUUCGAGAUCCCGGCGCAGAGGUUUGCUUUGCCUGCUCACUAUCUGGAGAGGUCCCCUGCCUGGUGGUAUCCUUACAGUUUGACGCCCGCCGGAAGCCACCUGCCUAGGCCAGAAGUUUCCGUGGACAAAGCCUUCCUCAGAGACUCCUCGCCGGCCUCCGUGGGCACAGACAGGGACUCCCCGGACGAGCCCUUGCUGAAGGCCGAGCGAGAGGCGAAGGAGCUGGACUCCAAGAGCCCCGACGAGAUCAUCUUGGAGGAGAGCGACUCGGAGGAGGUGAAGAAGGAGGAGAGCGGCGCCGAGGACUGGCCAAAGCGCGAGUCGGAGGCGGGCAGCCCGGAGAAGAAGCCUUGCCGCAAGAAGAAGACUCGCACCGUCUUCUCGCGCAGCCAGGUCUUCCAGCUGGAGUCCACCUUCGACAUGAAGCGCUACCUGAGCAGCUCCGAGCGCGCUGGCCUGGCCGCCUCGCUCCACCUCACCGAGACUCAGGUCAAGAUCUGGUUCCAGAACCGGCGCAACAAGUGGAAGCGGCAGCUGGCCGCCGAGCUGGAGGCGGCCAACCUCAGCCAUGCCGCGGCGCAGCGCAUUGUCCGGGUGCCCAUCCUGUACCACGAGAGCGCCGGCGCCGACGGCGGGGGCAGCGGGGCGGGAGGAGGCGGCGGAGGCGGCCCGACGGCGGCCAGCGCGCCCGUCAGCCAGCCCCUGCUCACCUUCCCCCACCCCGUCUACUACUCGCACCCCGUGGUCACCUCCGUGCCGCUCCUGCGGCCCGUCUGAGGACUGGGCCUAGCUCAGACGGACAGGGGACGAGUCAGGGAGGCGGGAGGAGAAUGGAGCAGGGAGGGAGGGAGGGAAGGAAGGCAUGAGAAGGGGUCAUGGAUGGACGGAUGGAUGGAAGGAGGGUGGCUUCUUUAAGAACCGCGUUGAGGGACAGCCACCCUCUCUUGCCUCUCGCAGCCCACCCGAGCCAGGCCUCCGGGACGAAGCGAUCGCCCCCCAUCACUAAGGAACAGCAGGAACCAAGCAAAGAUUUGGUUGUGUAAGUAGCGCCCGGAUGCUCUGCGCAACGCCCGGCGUGGAGAGACUCUUUCCCUUCGCGGUUCGCUCCUUCUUUUUGGGUUGUUCAGGAGGAGGACAGAACGGUCGUGGUGAGACCACCACAGAACUACAACCCGGGCUCUGUAGAAGUAGAGAGUGGGGGCUGAUGAUGAGAGCGCUUGGCUUUGCUCUGCGUUAAGGUGGA